CAUCAUUAAGUUUUUUUUUUUUUCCAACCUUUUACGUUGAAGAUAAUGGCGGAAGUAAUUGGAGUAAUUCCGACAAUAGACUUGGAAGAGGUUAAUGAUCAAAUUCUGAAUCAAAAUAUUCGCCAAGCAAGUGAAAAAUGGGGAUGUUUCACGGUGAUAAACCAUGGAGUUUCUUUGUCUUUGAUGGCUGAGAUGAAGAAGACUGUUAGAGAUCUCCAUGAACGUCCACAUGAGAUGAAAGUGCGAAACACCGAUGUGUUACUAGGGAGUGGUUACAAGCCUCAAAGUGAGUUGAAUCCUUUUUAUGAAUCAUUUGGUCUUUUUGACAUGGCAUCUCCUCAAGCUGUCAAUAAUUUUUGUGAUCAACUUGACGCCUCCGCUGAUCAAAGGGAGAUUGUGCUCAAGUAUGCGAAAGCUACUGAUGAUCUUGCAAGGAAUCUAGCAAGGAGAUUAGCGGAGAGCUAUGGAGUGGUGGAGCAACAUUUUUUGAGAGGGUGGCCUAGCCAUUUUCGGAUGAACAAAUAUCAUUUUAAACCGGAAGCAGUUGGAAAACUCGGUGUGAGAUUACACACGGAUCCUGGUUUCCUGACAAUUCUUCAAGGUGAUGAGGAUGUUGGUGGACUUGAAGCCAUGGACAAUUCUUCAGGAUCCUUUUUCCCCAUAAACACAUUACCAAACACGCUUCUUGUCAACCUUGGUGACAUGGCUACGAUAUGGAGCAAUGGAAGGUUAUGCAAUGUGAAGCAUAGAGUGCAAUGCAAAGAGGCAAAGAUGAGGAUUACUAUCGCUACCUUCCUAUUAGGACCAGUGGAUAGAGAUCUUGAAGCUCCUGAUGAAUUUGUGGAUGCUGAACAUCCGCGACUAUACAAGCCUAUCAGCGACGGAGGACUAAGAAAGAUUAGACUUAGCAAACAUCUUCAUGCUGGCGAAUCUCUCAAGUUUAUAACCAUUAAAGACUUAAAUGACGUCCCAAAGAUAGAUUAAGGGGACUGUUAAAUGUACCAACAUAUAUCUGUCUUCAAAGUUCUUUAGAUUUCCCUUAUAAUUAAUGACAAAUAAACGAUGCAACUAAAUAAUUCUAUUAUUUGUUACGCUGGAUCAUGUAAUAAAUUUCAUUGUGCUUA